AUGUCGCUGAAGCCGGUGGACGAAGAAGUGGAGGAAAAGAUCAACGAAAACAUCAAAAAAGGGUGCUUAAUAUCGAGGGCCAUCAUGAAUGACGAUUCUCUCAAAGCAGGAGGACGAUUUGAUAUCGCUGUCAAAAUGCUUAAAACAGAGAGCAAUUCAAAUACUGUAGAAAAUACCGUCAAGGGAAAAAGGAACAAGGGUGGAGCUCCCAAAUCCAAGCAAUUCAAUGCUAAGGCUUUCGAAAGGCCAGGACUCACUGAAGAGGAAGUACUCGAAAUCAAAGAGGCCUUCGACCUCUUUGACACUGACGGUGGAGGUUCCAUCGAUCCUAAGGGUAUCCAUCAAAUCAUGGAACUCAAAGCUGCCAUGACUUCGUUGGGCUUCGAGUCGAAAAACCAGACCAUCUACCAGAUGAUCGCCGACCUUGAUGCUGACGGCUCUGGACAAAUCGACUUUGAGGAGUUCUUGGAGCUGAUGACUGCCAGAGUCUCAGACAAGGAUACAAGGGAGAACAUUCGCAAGAUCUUCAACCUUUUCGAUGAUGAGAAGACCGGCUUCAUCUCAAUCAAAAACUUGAGGAGAGUCGCUAUAGUUGGCGAGACCAUUGAUGAGUCAGAGCUGCAAGAGAUGAUCGAGAGGGCAGAUACCGAUAACGAUGGUCUAGUUUCUGAGGAGUAGUUUUACAACAUCAUCACCAAGAAGACCUUCGCUGCAUGA